ACAUCCGACCCCAUCCUGACCUCCUCCGCCAUCUCCACCCCCGACUGUGCCAUGUCCCGCGCUGUACGACGCACAGCUGCAUAGAUGAGCUGCUAGUCCACGCGAGCGCAAUGCCUCUGCGGCCCCUCCGUCCUAAUCGCAGCGAAAAAGACCUCCACCGCCGCAGCACCCUCGACCCGGCCGGGCUCUUCAAGCUCGGCGACAAGUCGCGGCUGAACAAGUCGGCCGAGCAUCUGGCGGGCCACCAUCUUGCUGUGUCUGAGGAUGGCGCCCGGGCAGACCACGACGGCCCUCCGCCCUCCCCGCCCGUGCAGGAGCACACGCCCAAUACGCGCCGCUUCAGUCUGAUGAGGUUCCGGAAUGCCUCCGAAUCGCAGCUGUCGGUGAAGGCGAAAGAGCAGGCCGCCGAAGACGCACCGCCGGUGCCAGCCGUGCCCGCUGCCGCAGCGCCCGCAAUCAUCACCACCGCGCCCACAAUGGUCGAGCAGGGCGAACAGGACGAGGCCGCGCCGAAGAAGAGAGGGAGGUUGCAGCAAUUUAGCCUGCGAAGACGCUCGUUUGAUCCGGGGUCAGCCGAGCGGCCGAGCAUCCUGCGCAAGUCGAUGGACAAGAAGAGCAGCGCGGAUAUCAAGAGGGGCCCGUUUGGCUUCAUGCGGAGCCAGAACAAUCUGGUCGAGGACCCGUCGCGACUGUCGACGAGCCAGCGCCCGGACACGCUUACCGAAUCCCCCCACGAAUCCGCGGAAGCCACCUCCACGCUGUCCCUUCCCGUUCCUAGGGCGUCCGAAUCGUCACGCUCCGAUGGCAGCUCUGGUGGCCAUGUCUCCUUCGAGCACACUCCAAGACCGCGGCCGACUUCGAAGACGAGCUCCGGGCGAUUCGGGUUUGGCCGGCGGAAGCAGCGCGCAUCCUUAUUCCCUCUUCCUAUGAAGAUUUCUCCUCCCGAAUUUCCUGAUACUGCGCCAGCGACCCCACGGGCUUCCACCAGCGGUGUGAGCAGCGGCUCCGCCCAUCACUCUCCUGGUGGAGAGAGUCCCCCGUUGACCGCAUUCAACCACUCGCGCCUGCACGACGUUGAGAAUGGGGCGAAGACGCCACCCAUGCCUUCGCCUUCGCAAGUGGCCUUGACCGCUGCCUCUCUGAAUCUUACCUCACCCAGCGCAGGGUCUCUCCUUCGGAACGAUUCCACCAAGUCUGUGCGCUCCUCGCGCUCAUCGCCGAAUGCUGGAGCUCCAAGGCGUCUCGGAUUACGGGGUCGGUCAUCCACGAUGGGUUCUCUGGGCGGCCGCUCCGACGACGCUCCGCCACCGACGCCACCGUAUGCCACAAGCGGAAGGAACUCAACCUCGACAGCCGGAAGAAGUAGCCUGAGCAAUCUAUUUGGCUUGAGCUCUAGAUUCCGUCAGAACUCCGAACCACAUUCCCCUAGGCACGGCUCUCCCGCCCACGGCUUCGUAGGCUCGGGCUUGUCGUCUCACCAGAACUCGCUAAAUAUCAGCCGCGAAGCAUUGGUCCUACCCCAACGCGAGGAAGGGGAGACACCGGGUCAUUACCUCGAGCGAAUGGAGGAGAACAACAUCGAGAAGAGCGCUAUCCCUAGCUACCUCACCAAGACCGACGACCCAUUCAUGCUCGCGGUGCUGCGGAGCUAUAUGCGAAGAUUCGCUUUCUUUGGCGACCCAAUAGACAUGGCCAUACGAAAGCUGCUCAUGCAGGUCGAGCUACCAAAGGAGACACAACAGAUUGAUCGCGUCCUGCAAGGGUUCGCAGAUCGAUACCACGAAUGCAACCCCGGCAUUUACAUUAAUCCAGACAAGGCGUAUUUCAUCUCCUUCUCCAUCGUGAUUUUGCAUACGGACGUUUUCAACAAAAACAACAAGCGAAAGAUGCAGAGAGGCGACUACAUCAAAAAUUCGUCCUGCGAUGGCGUCUCCGAAGACGUCCUAGGAUGUAUCUACGACAACAUUGUAUAUACCCCCUUCAUCCACAUCGAGGAUGAAGUCGAUCUGAAAGCCAUAUCCUCCCGCCGAAGCAAGCGGGCAGCUGUUCUCAAAGGCCCAAUAGCCGAUCCGGCGAAGAAGGCGACCCGGGAACCAAUAGAUCCAUAUACUCUUAUCUUCGAAGGCAAACUCGACGCCUUACGCCCGAACAUUAGGGACGUGAUGAACCUGGACGACCCAUACAAUUACCUCGGGACAGCCCCGACCCUUGACACCAGAAACCUUUGGAAAUCGUUCUCAAGAUAUGGCAUCAUCCAGAUCGUCUCUUCGCGGUCAAGGCCUGAAGCGUUCAUGUCGCAAGAUACCCAGGAGAAUCCGCUGGAAACGUCGGUGGGCAUUGUCGAAAUGCCCGUGACUAAGGUUGGUGUCCUUUGGAGAAAGGAUGCCAAACGGAAAAAAGCACGGUCGCCGUGGCAGGAGUGGGGCGCGGUUCUCACUCGCUCAGGCCUUUCCUUGUUCCGCAACUCCAGUUGGGCCAAGAAUUUGAUGCAUCAGCACGACACUCAUCAAAAACACGGAGAGUCGAGCCCAGUUGUCUUCCAGCCUCCCCUGCAAGACUUCAAACAAGAUCACAUUAUCCCUAUGGACGGAGCUGUAGCUCUGGUGGACAAUACGUACAAAAAGCACAAGAACGCCUUUGUUAUGUUUUCGAAGGCUGGUGAGGAGACCUUCCUGGCCGAUAGCGAGAAAGACCUCAAUGACUGGGUCAGCUUGCUGAACUAUACGGCAGCCUUUGAGACCCUGGGCGUCAGACCGCGAGGGCUCUUAGGAGACCUGUACGAAGGCCAGAGGAAUCGCGCAAUCCGGCGGUUAGAAUCCUCGCAUUCAGCCAAGACCAUAUCCUCGCCGACUGGCGAUGUCACUCACCGAAGCGGCGGGAUUGACAAGGAAUUUCAGCAGCAGAUGAGGAAAGCUCGACGAGAGUUGAUGCAACGACGGAUUACUGAAUCUGAAGAUAGGCUUACCCACUCCAUCAAGCAACUCGAGGCUCGCCUCAGAGACGCGAGGCAUCUCCAGAUUCUAGCGCCUAUUCAACCAAAGACUAGAGAUCUCGUUAUCCAUGCCGCGGGUCGAUUAGCUGCGAAGUUGAAGUGGUCUCGCAUCGAAAUAUGGCGCAUGAAGUGCCAUCGCGACAUCCUCGCCCAAGUUUUGGAAGAAGAGAGACUUCCCACCACGGAGGGCCCCACCAAGGCUGAGCGCAGGGCAUCAUCUUCCCAGCCAUCGCAGCCACAACUCACACCCCAGCAAUCCACUAAGGCGUCGAAGUUGGGUUCACUCGCCCGUCUAAGCUCUAAAGGGAGUUCUAUCACGGGCGGACACAAACCACCCCUAUCCCCCGCUGCAUCCUCUGCUCGGCCUGGGACAAAGUCGUCUCGUGACACUGAUUUUGGUGAGGAUGCCUAUAAGACACCCCCGGAAACCUCUCGGCAGUCCAGCCCGAACCAUCCAUCAGCCCAUUUCACCCUUCCUCCCCUUUCCCUAAGUCCUCGUUCCUCGAUCCACCGAGCAUCGAUGACCAGCUCUACCGCGCAGUCUCCCAGGCUCUUUCCGCGCGAUCACCGGCCUUCUGUGUCAAUUGUCGAUGAUACAGCAGUAAGCUCGGACGGUGCCUCUGAUGCAGGAUCGCGAUAUGCUACGCCGCCCCCGAUCGAAAGCGAGAAAGCAGAACAGAAGACGCCAGAAAUGCCCGCCACCGACGGACUGCGUCUGGAUGGUGAAUCUGAAUCGGAUGUCGAUCAACCUCCUGCUGCCUUCACGGGAUCCCCUGAAUCUCGCUCUAAGGUCAGACGAAGUCUACAUAGAACAUUGCGAGACUCGCAUGGCAGCGGCUCUCACCGCCGGGGCCACAAAGCCAGAGACUCUGCUUCCACAGUCGUCAGUGAUGAUACCCAGGAAAGUGAAGGGCUCGCACGCACCCACGGCAGCUUUACGGUCCACGGCAAGAAAGCAUCUGUCAUCCAGUUCGGUCCUGAUUGGCAUAACACUCCUGCCGAGGAGAGAUUGAAGAUAAGAAAGCAAGCCCAAGAGACGAUGCAAGAGGCCGGUUCGGCGGACGAGAAGGAUGGUAGCAUCAUCAGUGACAGCACCACUACCAUAUUGGCCACACCUUCGACCAAAGAGCCUGACGACGGCACUCCGCGCCCGUCGUCAUCCGAAACUCGAAAGCAACGCCACGUAUCUUCCCAGACAAUCACUCCGACCACCUAUCGAAAAUCCAUCAAUGGGCAUGACACCGACUCAGACGCAGACUCUGAGAUGAGUGAGAUCGCAGAAGAAUCACCUAAGGGGUCGCCCAGGAAGGAGCGUAGGUCGACCCACGGUGCGACGAGCGACGAGGAAGAUUCAGGUGCCGAGCGUGUCAACGUCUCCGGGCCUAGGUCCCAGGCAGUGGAGGCAUAACUUCAAUUUUCUUUUGUACCUGCAUUCCGAGGAUUUUUGAAAAUGAUUCUAACUUGCUCUUCCGAUAUCUCCCCACUUGCAUGGCAUAGCGCGGCAUGAGAUGAGCUUGCCUUCACCUCGCUCGUCAUACCUUCAAUCUUACUUGACCCAUCUUCCUCCCCCUUUUCUUGAACAUAUACUCAUACCC